AGGGCAGAGGGGUGCGGGCUCGCAGUGAGGGACGCGGUAGGUGAGGCGCGGUGGCUGCGAGGAGUGAGAUUCCGUGCCGCCGCUGGAAACAGCGCGACUCGCCUCUCGCCUCGCCGGGGCGCCAGGCAGAACCAUCCCUCACAGAGGAGGGGAACACCGAAGUCUUCCGUGACGGAUGAGCUGACUGCCGCUGCGCUCGUGCCGCCGCGGCGGGAGGGCGAGCGCGGCGCUGUUCCUCCUUCCGAGCCCGAGCGGAGCGAAGCAGCUGCGCGGCCUGUCAGCGGGCCGCUGCUCGCCGUGCCCGACGGGAGUUAGUCUGCCCGCCGGCCUGGUGAGCGGCGUCUGCAGCGCGGCGAGGCGGCCGGGACCGAGACAGCGCCUGUUUUGGGAACGAGCGAGCUGCAGAUUUAAAGAUACAGUACCAUGGUUGUGAAAGCUUCAAUAGAAGAUGGUGAUUCAGGAUGGGAACUCAGUGUGCCUGACAAGAUGGAAAAGAGUAAUACAAGCUGGAUAGAUAUAACCCAGGAUUUUGAAGAAGCUUGUAGAGAAUUGAAGCUAGGAGAACUACUUCAUGACAAGCUUUUUGGUCUUUUUGAAGCCAUGUCUGCCAUUGAAAUGAUGGAUCCCAAGAUGGACGCUGGUAUGAUUGGAAACCAAGUGAAUAGAAAGGUUCUUAACUUUGAGCAAGCUAUUAAGGAUGGCACCAUUAAAAUAAAGGAUCUCACUUCACCUGAGUUGGUAGGAAUAAUGGAUACAUGCUUCUGUUGUUUGAUAACAUGGCUAGAGGGACAUUCUUUGGCACAGACAGUAUUCACUUGCCUUUAUAUUCACAAUCCAGACUUCAUAGAAGAUCCUGCUAUGAAGGCUUUUGCUCUUGGGAUCCUAAAAAUCUGUGAUAUUGCCAGAGAAAAGGUUAACAAGGCAGCUGUUUUUGAGGAGGAAGAUUUUCAGUCAAUGACUUACGGAUUUAAAAUGGCCAACAGUGUGACAGAUCUUAGAGUUACAGGUAUGCUAAAAGAUGUAGAAGAUGACUUGCAAAGACGAGUGAAGAGCACUCGAAGUCGACAGGGAGAAGAGAGAGAUCCGGAAGUGGAACUUGAACAUCAACAGUGUUUAGCUGUGUUCAGCAGAGUGAAGUUUACUAGAGUGCUACUGACUGUUCUCAUAGCAUUUACGAAGAAAGAGAUGAGUGCAGUUGCAGAAGCUCAGAAACUAAUGACUCAAGCAACUGAUUUGCUUUCUGCCAUCCACAAUUCAUUGCAUCAUGGUAUCCAGGCACAGAAUGAUACCACUAAAGGAGAUCAUCCUAUUAUGAUGGGCUUCGAGCCGCUUGUUAAUCAGAGGUUGCUGCCUCCUACUUUUCCUCGAUAUGCAAAAAUAAUUAAAAGAGAGGAAAUGGUCAAUUAUUUUUCCAAACUAAUAGACAGAAUAAAAACUGUAUGUGAAGUAGUCAACCUAACUAAUCUUCACUGUAUACUGGACUUUUUCUGUGAGUUUAGUGAGCAAUCACCAUGUGUUCUCUCAAGAUCGCUGUUACAGACAACUUUUCUGGUAGAUAACAAGAAGGUGUUUGGCACUCACCUCAUGCAAGACAUGGUAAAAGAUGCUUUAAGGUCUUUUGUCAGUCCUCCAGUACUUUCUCCCAAGUGUUGCCUGUAUAAUAAUCACCAGGCAAAGGACUACAUUGAUUCCUUUGUGACACACUGUGUUCGGCCGUUCUGUAGUCUGAUUCAAAUCCAUGGACACAACAGAGCUCGCCAGAGAGAUAAACUGGGUCACAUCCUUGAGGAAUUUGCAACCCUUCAGGAUGAGGCUGAGAAAGUAGAUGCAGCACUUCAUAGUAUGUUACUGAAGCAGGAACCACAAAGGCAACAUUUGGCUUGCUUGGGCACAUGGAUCCUAUAUCAUAACCUUCGUAUUAUGAUACAGUAUCUUCUGAGUGGCUUUGAGUUGGAACUUUACAGUAUGCAUGAAUAUUACUACAUAUAUUGGUAUCUAUCAGAGUUCCUCUAUGCCUGGUUAAUGUCAACACUGAGCCGAGCUGACAGCUCUCAAAUGGCAGAGGAGAGAAUAAUGGAGGAACAACAGAAAGGCCGUAGCAGUAAGAAAACAAAGAAAAAGAAAAAAGUUCGCCCUCUCAGCAGAGAGAUCACCAUGAGUCAAGCGUACCAAAAUAUGUGUGCUGGGAUGUACAAGACAAUGAUUGCAUUUGACAUGGAUGGCAAAGUAAGGAAACCUAAGUUUGAACUGGACAGUGAACAGGUUCGAUAUGAGCACAGAUUUGCUCCGUUCAACAGCGUUAUCACACCACCUCCAGUGCACUACUUGCAAUUUAAAGAAAUGUCUGAUUUAAAUAAGUACAGCCCACCACCUCAGUCAUCAGAUCUCUACAUGGCAGCUAGCAAACACUUCCAGCAAGCUAAAAUGAUUCUUGAGAAUAUUCCUAAUCCAGACUAUGAGAUCAACCGAAUUCUGAGAGUUGCUAAACCCAAUAUUGUGGUCAUGAAGCUGCUAGCAGGAGGCCACAAAAAGGACUCCAAGGUUCCUCCAGAAUUUGACUUCUCACCUCAUAAGUAUUUUCCAGUUGUGAAGCUUGUUUGAAAGAUACUUCUGUGAUACCUGAAGCAUCAACUGUGUAUUAGAUACCAGAUAUAGGAUGAAUUGUCUAGUACUGUACCCAAAUAUCCUGAGAGACAUCUUCAGGAUAAAAGUAGUUACGUGGAAAAUCUGUAGUCUGCCUUCAUUAUGUGAUCUGAAUGACGGCUGCUGUUUUAAAGUGGUUUGUCUAAAGUUUUACUGGAGAAGUUGAUUUUUAACUAUGUUGUUGAAUAAUGCUGUAUCAAUAGACUUUAUUACAGUUUUAAUUGUGAUUGAUUUUUGGUUUUAUGAGUGAGCUCUAGACAGAAAACUUGAGACUGAAUAAAAAGAAUGCAGUAGAGCUCAUGUCUGGUAGACACAGCUGAGCUCCUGAAAUUGUACUUUGAACAAAGCCGCUUGAAGAGUUUUAAGUUUCCAUGUUGUCUGAAUUGCAUCGAAUAGAAAGACUGGCUUCUUUUCCUGCCAAGCCCUUCAAGCUCAAUCUCUACAGAAAUUGAGAACAGCUGAAAGUUGAUAAUUUAGCUCCUGCAGUGAAUUCAGUGGACUUUGUUUUGCCGAAGUCUAGGAGACAUUUUGCCUCAGAUGUCAAAAGUCCUUCAAGACAGUGCAAAAUGGAUUUUUUCUAGUUGCAGAUUGUCUUUAUUCUUCAUGGCACUGGAGAACCUCUCUAGUUAAAACUGUAAUCAACAUUAGCAACAUAGGAACAGAGAAGACUAGGAGCCUCUUAUAACUAUUUCUGCCACUUUAUUUGAUCUUGGGUUUAAUUUGUCAUUGCUAGUUGGUUCCAUUUCUCAGUCAGCUCUUGCAUGACCUUAAUGAUCUUGUUUGGACUGCACUGCUGUUGCUGGAUCCUACUUCUGUAAUGGCUGGUGGAGGCAGAAAUCCCAAGCCAGGGGACCCUCAAACCUACCCUUUCUGGAACAGUUCUUCCUCUUGUGCUUCUUAACGUGAAACAAGAAAAGUAAGCUGUUUUGUUGAGCAACUAGUGUAAAAAAAAAGUUUACAAACAUAAGUUAUUCUUUGAUUAAACCAUGCUGCCAUGUCUUACCUGGGCCAUAAAAGCAAAUCCUGCAGGUUAGACUGUGGUGGGCAGGACAGUUCUUCGUUUUGGUGCAGAAUGAAUUCUUCCAUAGUGAUGAGCUUGUAACUCUUUUUUUUUUGAUGAUGCAAAGCAUUUGUUUACGUUUAUCCAAAGAUACAGUUGUACUGUGGAGUAGUACCACUUCAGCGCUAUCAACUAAGCAAUAGCACUGCUGAGCUAGAGCUGGGAAGCAGUGAAGCAGUUCUGAAGCAGAACACCCACUAGAAUGCCAACAAUUUGCAGCUUCUGGAGGUAACCAGCAGUACUGCCCUGAAGACGUGGUUUUCCCCAUUUCUCUGCUAAGAAGGGUGGCUACCAUUUUAUUUGUUUGCUUAUCAUCAGUAUACUUGAAUGCUUCUGUGUCAUUGCCAAAGCAAUUAAAAUCCUGGACAAUGUAAUGCUAAAGGCAGCAAAUUGGUUUUAGUGCAGUGCACUAAGAAUUUGUUUAGCUUCUGCUGCCUUCUUGUAAACAAUCACAAACAUCUUUCUUAUCUUAAAAAUCUCAAGAACUACCUUUAGCAUUUGUCCAAAGGAAGCAGCAAGUCAAAGAAAAGCCAAGUUCCACACAGGGCUGGUAAUUUUACCCACUUUCAUUAAUGUUAGAAAUAGAAGAACUGUACUGAAUACACAGCAGAGAAGGUUAUUUUUAUUUGAAGUUAUUACCUAAAGUGGACCAGGCCUAGUUUUUUUUUUUAAAACACAUAUCAUGAACAGAUACUAAUUUAAUCCUGAGAUGGUUACAGCAAUGAUGUUUUCCCUACCUCACACAACUGAAAAUUUUACUGAGGCAACAGUCUGUAAGUUACAGUUCCAAAUAAAUCUCUUCAACUGAAGUCCUUCAAUUAAAGUUAUAUUUAGUGGAUCUGCAGGCCCCUUCUCUAGCAGAAAUCUACUACCAUAGUUACAUUCCUAUGGCACUCGAAGUCACUGAGAGUAGGACAGUAUCCCUGUGUGCUUUUGAACAUUGCUCUGCAGGAUUGCAGACCCUCUACUGUUAGAGGUAUAACAACUGCUUUGCAUAAAGGUGGUCUUGUUUAUGGAGAGGCUGACAUCCAUCUAGCUAGCAAGGAGCCCAGUCAGCUUUGACUACUGUACAGAAACACAGGGAAAUGUAGUUGUUUCAAAAUAGUUCUCUGGCAACAUAGGAACUACCUUAAGGAGUUUGGGGGUUUUGUUUGUGGUAUUACAAGUGUCAAGUUAAUGCCAUUCAUUCAACUUGAAUAGUGUUUUGCUAUACAUUUUAUACUGACUCUGUGUUCUUCAACAAUCACUAUUAAACUCUUGAUUAACUUCA